AAUUUCAUUUUAUUUCUCUCUAAGAGCUACCAUUUUCUCUCCCUGUAUUAUUCUCUCUCUCUAUCAUCCCACGAAAGAGUCCCAUUGUCAAGAAUUCAUGUCGGACAAGGGUCGUCCAUUACCAAAAUUUGGUGAAUGGGAUGUCAACGAUCCUGCAUCGGCUGAGGGAUUUACCAUUAUCUUUAACAAGGCAAGGGACGAGAAGAAAACAGGAGGGAAAGCCGAAUCACCUUCAGAAGGUGAUCAUAAAGGCAAGCCUGGAGCAGAAGCCACCAAAACCCAGCCUAAAAAAUGGCUUUGCUGCAUGCGCGCCCCGCCUGCGGAAUCUUAAAAUUGUCCUGCCUGUAUAAGAGUUUUUCCACAAGAAAGUUCAAAACCCCACCAUCCUAAACAAGAUAGAACCCAUAAGGCUGUAAUAAGCCCGUCUGGAAUUUUUUAUUGCUUUCUUUUAAUACAUGUUUUAUGGUGUAAAAUUUGAUUUUGGUGGGAUGAAAUGAGAGAGCGAAGGAGACAAAAAAACACGUUGUAUCUACGUAUGUAUUGAUUUGGUGGUUUAUAUAUAUUAUUAGAAACCGAGUUAUUUCUUGUCUU